AGGCGGAAGAGGCGGUGGGGUUGGCACGUGGGGAGCGGCGGAGCCAUGGGAAGCAGAAGUUGGACAACAUGAAACCCAAGCACCCGGACGAGCAGGAGAUCCCCUUCCGCCUGCGGGAGCUCAUGCGGAGCCGGGAGGCCAUGAAGCGCCGGGAUCCCGGGAAGCAGAAAGCCGCAGAGAAGCAGCAGCCCAAGGCAAAGGGCCCCAAAGCCCAGGGGGACGUCCCCGUGCCCAGGUUCAGGAGAGGGAAGGGGGAGUCGGAGCGCUCCUACGUGUGCCGCAUGGAGCAGGAGGUGCAGCGCGUCCUGUUCCUCACCGAGAACCAGCUGCAGCGGGAGCCGGAGAAGGAGCUGGCGGCACCGGAGAAGUCCCAGAGGAAGAAAGCGUUUCAGAAUAAGAAGCUGGAGAAAGCUCGGAAGAAGAAGGAAGAGAAGAAAGAGGCCAUGCUGGAGAAGAGCCUGUUCCAAGACACGGUGGCAUUUGGGGACGUGGUCACGCAGCCACCCACCAUCACAUCACGGCCCAGGGGCCAGGGCCCUGCCGAGCAGGCUGGACGGAAGCGGCUCCUCCUGACGCCGCGCCUGGGCCGGAGCCCGGCGGUACCGGCAGUGCCCGUGUCCAUGGCUCGGCAGCGCAUCGUGGCGGAGGAGAGGGCUCGCGUCAUCCAGGCCUACAGGGACAUCCAGAGGCGCAAGCAGCAGCAGCGGGAGGCGGCAGAGGCCGGACGCGGGGUCGGGCGCUGA